CGUUGAGAUAACUGAACAGUCUCGAGCACUCCUGUCACGCAAUGAUGAAAUGGCUGCACUGUUUGGCAUCCCGUCUGUCCAACCAUGAUCCAAUCCUUCAACCCGCCCGUCCCUUGUCUUUCGUUGCUGUCACUCUUGCACUGCGUUUUCCCCAAGGUCCCCUAUUAUGUACGUAGGUACAACUUCGGUUCUCUGCAACACCUCUUCAGGUAUUUGUCUCGUCCUUUGUUACUUCACGGAGAGCCGUCCACCCCGUCUUACGGGUGCAUUUCGCGACAUACAAAACGACAUGACACGGUGUUGCGCCCAAGCAAAAAAACAAACAAGAUAUCAGCAAAGUGCAUUGCUACCUUUUGGAGGGGUUUGGAGGGGGGAAAGUGGCAUGUCGGCGUGCGUGCCUUGCGUACUCCUGCAGAUUCUGCAGGCCACCUGCCUUUGUUGCCUGCGCAAAGUGCUGCAAGGAGGGAAGGCACAUGUAACAUGGAGAUAAUUCGCUUGAACUAGGUACCCUCAAGGCGG